GCCCACAAAUGUUGUGUGGGGAGUUGAAGGCCAUGUUCUCUUGCUUUCUGUGCAGGUUGUUCUGGAGAAAGAGCAGGAGCAGAUUGAUUUGUCAGAGAUGCCAUGCCAGACUGAGGGAGAGCUGUUCCCAGGCCGAGAGCAGGAAGAGCAGCUUGGGCAGCAGGUGGAAGAGGCACUGGAGAAUGGCCAGAAUAUCAAGGCAGAGCCACAGGCAGAGUUGCCUGAAGCUCAGAGUGCCAUGGUGGCAGUGAAGAGGAGGCACCAGGAAGAUAUGAGGAGCACUGAAGAGGAGAUGAGGCUCCAUGAGCAGAGAGGAGAUCAGCAGAAUCAGGUGAGUGAAAGAGUAGAAGUCACUCCACUCAUCAAGCUGUCUCUCUCAUGUGUUUUAGAGGACAGCAAGGAAAAUCUCCAGGCAGAGAUGCAGGAAACAGAGGCUAGGAUCAACGCAAAGGAGAAGAGGCUGGAGGAAGAACUGAAAAUUGUCAUAGAGAAAAUUAAUCACCUGAUUCAGAAGAAGGAUUCUCUACUAAAACAAGUGGAAAUGUUGACAUCUCACCUGGCAGCCUGGGAAGGCUUCCAGCAAAUGACUGGUGAUGAGGAGCCCCAAGGUUGGCGUGAGGCACAGCAACUGUCCCAAGCAGAGAUGCUGAAGGUUGGGAAUGUCUCCAAGAUGGUGGAGGAAAAGUGGACUCAUUGUGAGGAGAGCUACCAAGGAGCCUUGGUUCCCCUCCCUGAGAAGUGGAGCCUGUGCAAUUUCUUCAUCUCCAGCACUGACACAGAUGCUGCUCAGCCACAGGAGGAUUUCCUGGAGCUACUGAGUACAUCUAGUUUAUUUCUUGUCUGAGGGACAGUGAAUUGUGUGCAUGUGCCAGACUUAGCUGUACCAAAUGUUCCUCCUCAGUUUGGUGUCACAGGGACAUUUAGGUCUCUCCACAGGAAGUGCUCUGCUUCGAGGCAGGGAGAGAGCACUCUGCAUGUUCCUGCUGUCCCUGAGGGCAGCCUGGACUGGUUAAAGUUUACCUGGCUUCCCUUUCUACUGAAGAAAGAAGCAGGAAUUGUUGCUGGAGCAGUUGCUUGAGUUCUACCCAUUGGCCCAACCCCUGCUCAGAUCAGUCUCUAGGAAAACACAUCAAGCCCUUUGUGAUUCUGCAGCACAACCCAUUUAAUCUGCUUCUCGCCCAUAAGAGCUGCCAGUGUUGUGCCCUCCCAUAAAGACCUGUUGGGGCUGAGAAAAGAUCACAUUUCAUUCUGUGUGUACCUUCACCUGUUGAGACAAAAAAGGGCAUUGAUCCACACCUCGGUGUGUCUGAUGCCAAAGCCAAUCCCGUUGUGUCCUGAAUGGGGGCAACAGCUUGUCAGGAGCUCAGGCUGGCUGUGGCUUGUGGCCAUGGCUUGUCAGUGCUCAUGCUUGGCCUUUGGCAGCCUUGCUGUGUGCCCUGGCCCUGAGGGCUGCUGUGACUGCAGGGGCUGGAGCCUUCCUUAGCUGGGAGA